GGGUAGUUUAAAAAAAACCACCAAGCGAGUUGGACGCGUAACUCUUUGUAACGGAUCUCGGAACGCCGUGGGAGUCGGAAAAUCGCUGGACGCGUGUUCGUGCGUUUGCAUGUGUGCGUGCGUUCGUGUGUGUGUGUGUGCUAAUGUGCGAGCGGAAAUAAACAAUCCAGUGAAUAAACACACAAAAUCAAUCAAAAAAGAAGAUUUUUCUUUUUUAUUUUCGCUUUUAAUUUAUUAACGAGAAAAUAUUGGAAUAAAACAAAAAUAAAAAUAUAAGAAAAGUGUACGUGACAAGAGCUCGAAAAGAAGUUGCAACAAAUAGCAAAAAUAAUUCGUGCGUGCGAAAAAGUGCUGCGAAGUUUUAUGGCCCAUGCAAAAAGUGCUAAAUUUGUAAAUGGCAUGGAAAGUGCAAAGCUCUGAUUAAAAAACCCGCGAAGAUUGGAGUGCGAGGUGCCGCCCAAUAACGCAACCAACUACUGCCACAAGGAAAUUAUUAAGACCAAUCAACGACCUUCGCGGAAAUAAAAAAAAUAAAAAAUAAAACAAAAGCAAGCAGAAAUUUGGUGCUAGUUCUGUUUAGUCGACAGCCAUCCACGUUGGAUCCCCAUCGCAAAUAAUGUCAUCAAAAUGUGCUUUCAACAUUGUAUUCGUAUCGAUCAUUUUCAUCAUCAUCGUAAAUGGUUACGCAAAAGAUAUUUCUGGAGUUAAAAGAGGUCAUGAACGACUUAACGAAUACAUAUCCCACUAUGAAACACUCAACUAUGAUCACGAGCACAUCCGAGCUAGUCACAAUAGAGCGCGACGAUCAGUGACCAAAGAUCAAUAUGUACAUUUAAAGUUUGCAUCACAUGGAAGAGACUUCCAUCUUAGAUUAAAACGUGAUUUAAAUACAUUUAGCAAUAAGUUAGACUUUUAUGAUAGCAAAGGUCCCAUUGAUGUCUCCACGGAUCAUAUCUAUGAGGGCGAAGUGAUAGGGGAUCGUAAUAGUUAUGUAUUUGGUUCCAUACACAAUGGGGUAUUCGAGGGUAAAAUUAUAACGGAACGUGAUGCCUAUUAUGUUGAACAUGCCAAACAUUAUUUUCCCACAAAUCGCACGGCGACAACAACACCACCAUCGACUUCAACGACAUCCUCAGCAACAACAGCCACAAAAAGCACACAACCAACACGGCCUUUGGCCAAAAGCAACACCAGUACUACUGCCGUUAAUAGUAAGACAGAAAACUUUAUAAAGAAAAUUGCUGAAUCCACAACGACGAGCCAGCAGCUUCCAGAGUAUACCGAAUCGUCGUCGUCGUCGACAACAACAUUCCCACCCACAACAGAGUAUUUCGAGGACGAAAAGGAGCGUAAUGCCGAGGACGAACUUGAUUUUCACUCCAUUAUCUACAAGGAGUCACAUGUCGAGGACGCCUACGAAAAUGUGCGCGAAGGUCACGUGGCCGGCUGUGGCAUCACGGAUGAGGUCUCUCAGUGGAUGGAGAACAUACAAAAUUCAGCCGUCGAAGAGUUGCCGGAGCCCAUGUCAAAGGACUAUCAAAAGCUCCACCGGAAGCAGCUGCACAAAAAGUCCGCCCCACAGCAACAACAGCAGCCCCAUCCGCCGAAGAAGUACAUCAGCGGGGAUGAGGACUUCAAGUAUCCCCACCAGAAGUACACGAAGGAAGCUAACUUCGCCGAGGGUGCAUUCUACGAUCCAUCGACCGGACGUCGCCUGGGCUCAUCCGCCAACGUGGCCGACUGGCAUCAGCUCGUCCACGAGCGCGUCCGCCGCGCCACCGACAAUGGUGCUGGGGAUAGGGGCUCAUCCGGUGGAUCUGGACGCGGUCGCGAGGACAACAAGAAUACCUGCUCGCUCUACAUUCAAACGGAUCCAUUGAUAUGGCGCCACAUACGCGAAGGCAUUGCUGACCACGAUCGUGGACGCAAGUACGAGGUGGAUGAGAAAACGCGCGAGGAAAUCACAUCGUUGAUUGCACAUCACGUGACGGCCGUUAAUUACAUUUACCGCAACACAAAGUUCGACGGACGCACCGAGCAUCGCAACAUACGCUUUGAGGUGCAACGCAUUAAGAUCGAUGACGAUUCGGCCUGUCGCAAUUCCUACAAUGGUCCACACAAUGCCUUUUGCAAUGAACACAUGGAUGUCUCGAACUUUUUGAAUCUGCAUUCCCUAGAAGAUCACUCGGACUUUUGUUUGGCUUACGUGUUCACCUACAGAGAUUUCACUGGCGGCACUUUGGGUCUGGCCUGGGUGGCCAGUGCGUCGGGAGCCUCUGGUGGAAUUUGCGAGAAGUACAAGACGUACACGGAAACGGUGGGUGGACAGUACCAGAGCACCAAGCGAUCACUCAACACGGGCAUCAUCACCUUUGUCAACUACAACAGCCGGGUGCCGCCGAAAGUGUCGCAGCUUACGUUGGCACACGAGAUUGGCCACAACUUUGGAUCACCUCACGAUUACCCGCAGGAAUGUCGUCCUGGUGGCCUAAAUGGCAAUUACAUUAUGUUCGCCAGUGCCACCUCCGGUGAUAGGCCAAAUAACUCCAAGUUCUCGCCCUGCUCCAUUCGGAACAUCUCCAAUGUCCUUGACGUGCUGGUGGGCAACACGAAGCGCGACUGCUUCAAGGCCUCGGAAGGUGCCUUCUGCGGCAACAAGAUCGUGGAGUCUGGCGAGGAAUGCGACUGUGGCUUCAACGAGGAGGAGUGCAAGGACAAGUGCUGCUACCCGCGUCUGAUCAGCGAGUACGACCAGUCGCUGAACUCCAGUGCCAAGGGAUGCACGCGCCGCGCCAAGACCCAGUGCUCACCAUCGCAGGGUCCGUGCUGUCUGUCCAACUCCUGCACCUUUGUGCCGACGAGCUACCACCAGAAGUGCAAGGAGGAGACGGAGUGCAGCUGGUCGAGCACAUGCAACGGAACCACGGCCGAGUGUCCGGAGCCACGUCAUCGCGAUGACAAGACCAUGUGCAACAAUGGAACAGCGCUAUGCAUCCGCGGUGAAUGUAGUGGAUCGCCAUGUUUGCUCUGGAAUAUGACAAAGUGCUUCCUUACCUCGACCACACUGCCGCACGUGAGCAAGCGCAAGUUGUGCGACUUGGCCUGCCAGGAUGGCAAUGACACCUCCACCUGCCGCAGCACCAGCGAGUUUGCCGAUAAAUAUAAUAUUCAAAAGGGUGGUAUUAGUCUGCAGCCCGGUUCGCCAUGCGAUAAUUUCCAGGGCUACUGCGAUGUGUUCCUUAAGUGUCGAGCCGUGGAUGCCGAUGGUCCGCUUCUUCGGCUGAAGAAUUUGUUGCUCAACCGGAAGACCCUGCAAACGGUGGCCGAGUGGAUCGUCGACAAUUGGUACCUAGUGGUUCUGAUGGGAGUGGCCUUUAUUGUGGUCAUGGGUUCGUUCAUCAAAUGUUGUGCCGUGCACACGCCCAGUUCCAAUCCGAAGAAGCGACGAGCUCGUCGAAUCAGCGAAACUCUAAGAGCACCCAUGAACACGUUGCGUAGAAUGCAACGUCAUCCCAAUCAGCGAGGAGCAGGUCCUCGAAGCAUCCCACCGCCGGCGCAUGAGGCGCAGCAUUAUUCACGCGGCGGAGAUGGUCGCGGCGGCGGCGGUGGAGGCGGAGGUCGCCACGGUGGCUCUAGGUCACACCAUCAACAGCAUCCGCACGAUUGGGAUCGUCAUCAGGGUGGCCACUCAAUCGUCCCAUUGCCCACCGGCGGCAGCCAUUCAAGUCGCAACUCGGCGGCGAAUCAAGCGAGAAGAAGCGAUGGACGAGGUCCACGAUCCACCAGCAGUGGGCGGCCGCAGGCUAUAGCCAGCGGAAGCGGUGCCGCGAGCGGAGCAGCGCGAUCUCAUGGCGGGUACGGAGCCGAACAGGCGAUACCGGGUUCCAUUGGUGGUGGUGUCCAGGCGGCCAUUAGCAGCGGCGGUGUGGUGGCUCGGGCCCAGCUGCCGCUGCCAUUGCCGCCGCCAAAUGGACAGCAGCAAAUGCAACAGCAACAACAACUGCAACUACAGCAACCGGCAAUUUCGCCGCAGCAGCAGCCGCAGCAAGCGUUCUACACGCCGAAAGAACUACCACCACGCAAUAAGUCCCGAUCAUCACGUACCAACAACACCUCCAACACCACAACCACCACCAACUCAUCCACAGCGGCAGCCGGCAGUGGGUCGGUCUCGGGACCGGGCUCGGGGGCGGGCAGUAGUAGUAAGAGCAAGAGCGGUAAAAGUGCCAAAGCCAAAGACUCAAAGUCGCAAAAAUCGCAGCAGGCCAACAACAGUCGCAGCAGCAGCAAGGAAAAGGGCGUCAAGCCAGUGCGCCGAAAUAUCGUUUAUUAGGAGCGGAACCAUCACAUUGCCAUACACAACACUGAACGAAAUAUAGCCCCGAACCCAAAAUAUCAAAUGCAACCACAUAUAGAAUCGCCCGCUGCUAGUCAUCGAACUACAUGUAUGAGUUGUUGCUUCCCAUCCACCGACAAACACAAACAGAAAAGAAAUUAUAAUGAUAUUUCAUUUAAUCGAUGCAAUUGGCGUCGCGCCGCCUCCGCUACAAGUAAGCUUUAGUCGGCCGACAUCGUUGCACGAGCAACAGCAGCAGCAACAUCAUCUGCAGCAGCAGCAGCAGCAUCAGCAGCAACUGGAGCCGCAGCAGCAGCACGCCUAUGCCGAUGCUUAUGCGGCCUUGGGACGGGGCCAGUAUGAGUCCACCACGCGGGCGCCCAACAACAGCAAGGUUUGACAGCCAAAAGUAGCAAUGGAGCGCCACAAAAGGCCAAAGGCUAAGCGACUCAAGCAGCAGAAGGAGCCGCAUACACAGCAAACAACAACACAGCAACAAAAGCAAAAACAACAUAAAUCAAAUGAACUCAAAUUAAAUGUAAAUGUAAUUUUUAUGCUAAUUAUUUUUAUUUAAACAGUGUUUGUAUGCCACAAGGGAAAACAGCCAGCAACAAAAAGAAAAAUACAAAAAUAACACAAAAAAGGAGAAAAAUUUCGUAAUACAGAAAAAGCUGAAAGUGAAUGAUAUUUUUGAUUAACUAAAUUAAAAUGAAAAUACGAAUGCAAAUUAUGAAUAAUAAAAGUAAUUAAAAACGACAACAUGCAUAAUACAUAUAAAGUUGCAAGUUGCAUAUAUAUACAUUUGUAUGUAUAUAUUUAUUAUGGAUACACAAUUAUUAAAUAGCAGCAGCCACAACAAACAAGUAAUAUACAUGAAGAAAAACUAAGGUUUAAUUGUAUGAGAAAGCAUUCUAUAUGUCGGUGAGAUUUCUAAGCGCUAGGCCGAAAUACAAAAUUAAUUACACACUUGAAUAACAAAAUGUGUUUUGUACAAAAAAAAUGAAAUAAACAAAAACAGUGCGAAUUAAUUAAGCGUCAUUAUAAAAAAAAGAACGGAAACAACAAAGCAUUUAAAUUGUAUUUAUCUGUACCGAAGGCUAAACGUUUAUUUAAAGCCGUCAAAAUUGCAUUUGUAAACUAGCAAAACAAAAAAAAAACGAUGAAAACCAAAAAGUAUGAAAUCCAUAAUUAUUAAAUAAAGAAGCGAGACUUAAACAAAAACGGUGGAAACAAUCCAAACUUAUUCAUUUGUUGCUGAACGCAUUUUUCUGUAUGACUUUCGAACGUGGCUUUGAUUGUUUUCCGUAUACAUUUUCCUUGUGCAGAAAAAGCAAACGAAGUAACUAAUUUUUAUAUUUCAUGUAUUUUUACUAUCUUAGGUACAAUUUUCUAUUGUCAAUUUUUAUUAGUAUUAGGUUUAAAGCUUUAUGUUUUAGCAAUCUGGUAGCAAAACUGCCAAUGAUGAUUAUGUUUAAUGUUAUCUAUCAUAUACGUGUAUAUCUGCCAACAUAUAAAUCUAUUUUUAUGUAAGUAUCUUAAAGUGCAUAGAUCAUGCAUAUAUGAUACUAUCGAGUGCUUGUAAUUUGCUUUGUUGUAGUCUCAUAGGUUACUAGUUUAUGUUUUUUGUUUUUGUCUGUGUUUCGUAUUUGCAUGCUCAAGAACUAAUCGUGCAACUACUCACGGAGUCCCGACUGAUGUACUACUCCAAGAAAAGACAUUUAUAGCUUGAAAGCUAUAUGAUAUUAUUUUUGAAACCCUUGUCUUCGUUUCCAUUCGCACAUCCAACUUGUAUAUCGUGACGCAUAGCUAUGGAAUUAUCUCAAUUCGAAUUUACAAGACGUUUCCGUGCUAUCAUUUUGGAGAAAUUUACUGAAUAAAUGAAUUUACAUUUUUGUUUGUUUUUCUGCCAGACUUUUCGUAAAAGAACAUCUUUAACUCUUGUAAAUAAACUCUAUAAAAAAUAUAUAAAUAUAAAUACUAAAAUAUACUUUAAGGAAUAAAUUAAAUUUGAAUUGCAGAUACAGUGAAGGCGAAAUACGUUUACAAAAUAAUUAAAUAACAUAAAUUGAUAAAAAAAAAAUGUAUUCAAUUCAAAUUGACAAGUGAAAAAAUGCAAAGAAACGAAACAAACUCAAAGCGAACAAAGCAGAACUAUGCUUUUAGUUUUUCUCAAACAUAGAAAACAAAGAACAAAAACAAAAAACAUUUAACUAUUAAUUUAAUUAAAAUAAAUAAAGAAUUAAUUAAUUGACUUUAAGUAAACUAAUUAAUUAUGAUUAUGAACAAAUUUCUUAAAAAAGAAGAAUGAAUAUGAG